GGACAUGUGAAGUUUGAUAGCAACGGAGAUAGAAUUGUUCCUAUUAGAAUUCGACUACUUCAAGGUGGAAGUCUUGUAACAGCUGCAGUAUACCAUCCAGAUAGUAACCGACUUUUACACAAUGAUAGUUUAUUGUGGCAAGGCUCACCUCCUUUGGACGGUCAGCGUUUUGUAUAUAACACUAUGUCCAUGCCCUGGCCGCUGUUCUGGUUUGUAAUCGCAAUUACGUCAUGCGCUAUUCUAUUAUCUUUGCUCUUCUUGAUAUUUAACGUGGUAUAUCGURCUAACAGCUUUAUCAAGCUAUCAAGUCCAAAUAUCAAUCACGUGGUGAUAAUAGGCGCCAUUUUAAUCUACACAUCGGUCYUAGUUUUCAUUUUGGACAGUCGUGUUGUGAACUCGACUACCCUGCCAUCGCUUUGCUCCGUCACAGUAUAUUUCCUUGGCAUUGGCUACAGCCUUUUCUUCGGAGCGAUGUUUUCAAAGACCUGGCGAGUUUAUCAGAUCUUAAACAAAGUMUACAUGAAAAAGAAGGUACGAGUCAAUACCUACGAAGAUAAUAAUGAUUCUCUCGUAGCAACAGUAUUCAGUAACAGUGUUGUGUAGUAUGUUUUGUCAGUAUAUUUGUAGCAUCUGAAGGAGAAGU